GGCCGGCCGGAUUCUUUACACUGCAGCACAGAGGCGUUACACGGACGGAGCGCCCCUGCGAAAAACAUAAUAAGUCGGGUGACAUACAGAUCAGCAUCGCUUCUUUUUCUCAGAGCUUGCGGAAGCAGACAUUGUCAGGUUGAUCAAAGCCAGAAUUCGGGAACAGCUUUUGUCGGGCAAUUCCAGGAGUCGGUGGCUUUGAGCAUCAUCACAGGAUCCUCUCUUGGCUGGCGCCACACGCUUCGCCAAGGUCUAGCCCGCAGCUUGCACACUUUUCCGACCCAAAGCAAACAAAGGCGGGGGGUACCGACGUCUUUUGGAAUCCAAGAGGCUUCGUACUCUGCUCUGACAAGACACCUCGUUGCAAUUUUGGCUGGAGCUCCUCUCCCGAUAGGCCGUGGUAUUCCUUUGUCUCUCUCAGCCCCAGCAUUCUGAGGCGCCAGCCCUUCCGUGGGCUGUAAAUAGAUCGUCCUCCAUAUACAAUUGCCCAGCCAGCUACUCGACCGUCUUCCUGUGCUUUCGCGCAUAGUCGGGUACGAUGUCUCUGAAACAGGAAAUUGAGACCUGGGUCGCGGCCCUUGGUCGCUACGACAAUAAUGAGUUCGACGAAGCUCUUGCCGAGUUCGACAAGAUUGGCGAUACAAGCAAGAUUCUCUUCAACAUGGGUGUCAUCCACGCCACUCUGGGCGAGCACGAGAAAGCUGUCGAGUGUUACCAACGAGCCAUCCGAUUAGAUCAGUACCUGGCCGUCGCCUACUUCCAACAAGGCGUGUCCAACUUUUUGCUGGGUGACUUCGAAGAGGCCCUCGCCAACUUCAACGACACGCUGCUGUAUCUGCGAGGCAACAGCGUCAUCGACUAUGCCCAGCUCGGCCUUCUGUUCAAACUGUACUCGUGCGAGGUCCUGUUCAACCGAGGAUUAUGCUACAUCUACCUGCAGCAGAAGGAGGCGGGCAUGCAGGAUCUGGCGUAUGCUGUUAAGGAGAAGGUUGUCGAAGAUCACAACGUCAUUGACGAGGCCAUUCGCGAGGAAGCAGAGGGAUACACAGUGUUUUCCAUUCCCGUGGGCGUCGUAUAUCGACCAAACGAAGCCAAGGUUCGCAAUCUCAAAACCAAGGACUAUCUCGGCAAGGCCAAGCUGGUUGCAGCCUCGGAUCGAUCCAAUGCAUUCACUGGAUUCGCCGGUUCCGAGAUCAAAAAUGCCUUGACAGAAGCCAAAGACGACCGACCAAGCGAGAAUCUGUCCUUCGCGGCGACAAACCUGGUCAAGCCUGGCCUUCAGUCACGACGACAGCAGUCCGAGCCGCCGACCGAUCGCAGCAACGCGUUCCCUCCCACUCCUCCUCCGGAGAACGACCGUCUCAACCGGGGUGCUUCCGAACGGAACUCUGGAGGGAGAGGGAAACUUAGCAUCCAAACGCAAGAGCCCAGCCGGAGAUAUGAGAAGGCAAUCUCGCCACAAGAACGCUCUAGGCACGGGCGAUCGGCAUCAGCUGCCCCUGCGAGAGGCCUUUCGACGAGGGAUCCCCAGCGGAGACAGAGGCCUAUCGAGGAGGACUAUCCCUACGGCGACGAGCAAUACGACCCGUACGCCGUUGGACAGCGAGGAAGCAAGGGGUCUCGAUCGCGACAACAGCGAUACGAUGACCGGUACGACGACCGAUAUGAGGAUGAAGAGGACUCGGAAAAUGACUACGGCUCCUUUGACGAGGGCGAGUUCGAGAUGGUGUCCACGAUGCGACGCGGCCCCGGGUCGGUGGCGCGGCCCUCGCGUGCGGCGUCGCGACGACCGCCGGAGAUUCGCAAGAUCCGCGUCAAGGUGCACUCAGACGAUGUGCGAUACAUCAUGAUUGGCACGACGAUUGAGUUUUCCGACUUUGUGGAUCGUAUCCGAGACAAGUUUGGCCUGCGAAAGCGGUUCAAGAUCAAGAUGAAGGACGAAGACGUGCCAGAUGAUAUGAUUACGAUGGGCGACCAGGACGACCUGGACGUGGCCAUUCAGAGCGCGAAGAGCACUGCAAGGAGACAGAAGCUGGAUACUGGCAAAAUGGAGAUCUGGGUCAUUGAGGUUUAG